AUGUUUUUUUACAUCCCUAAAACCAACACGUGUUUUGGUUUCUUUCCUUGCUUUCUAGCCUCAUGGCAUUUUUCCGCUGUUCGAAGAAAAAGUUUGAGCUAUAAUAAUAAUAAAAUAAUAUUUUAAGUAUACUUUUUUAAGUCAUGGGAAAACCAGGUUUUUCACCACGAGGAGGUGGCGGCGGGGGCGGUCGUGGACGAGGUGGCUUUGGAGGCCGUGGUCGGGGUGGAGGAGAUCGCGGCGGUGGCGGUCGAGGCGGUGGUGAUCGUGGUCGCAGCAGUUUCGGUGGACGAGGUGGUUUUGGCGGUCGUGGCAGUCGAGGUGGAGAUGGUGGUCGCGGAGGAAGAGGUGGAGGCGGCCGUGGUGGUCGGGGCGGAGGUGGUGCUGGAGGAUUCAAAGGAGGCAAAACUGUUGUUAUUGAGCCACAUCGCCAUGAGGGCGUUUUUAUUGCUCGAGGAAAGGAAGAUGCUUUAGUAACGCGCAACUUUGUCCCGGGGUCAGACGUUUACGGCGAGAAACGUAUAUCUGUUGAGACAUUCAUAUUUCAGAGUAAUGGCGAAAAAAUUGAGUACCGCGUGUGGAAUCCUUUUCGGUCGAAACUAGCAGCAGCAAUAUUAGGUGGCGUGGAUAAGAUUCACAUGCCCCCAGGGUCGAAAGUUCUCUACCUUGGAGGUGCUUCAGGCACAACAGUGUCCCAUGUAUCGGAUGUAGUUGGCCCCGAAGGUCUUGUAUAUGCCGUGGAGUUCUCGCAUCGUUCCGGUCGCGAUCUAAUUAACGUUGCUAAGAAACGUACAAACAUUAUUCCUAUCAUUGAAGAUGCUCGCCAUCCCCACAAAUACCGCAUGCUAGUUGGCAUGGUGGAUACGAUAUUUGCAGAUGUCGCUCAACCAGACCAGGGUCGCAUAGUAGCGUUAAAUGCUCAGCAUUUUCUUAAGAACGACGGACAUUUUGUUAUAUCUAUAAAGGCAUCUUGUAUUGAUUCUACUGCGCAACCUGAGGCUGUAUUCGCAGCUGAAGUCAAAAAAAUGCAGGCAGAUAAAUUGAAACCACAGGAGCAGAUUACGUUGGAGCCUUAUGAACGCGAUCACGCUGUUGUUGUUGGCGUAUAUAGACCACCACCUAAGAAUGCAGGCACGUAGGUGAAAUUAACAUUUUUUAGUUUUAAGUUAAAUGAAGUACAGUUCCAUUUUUAACUCGGAUUUCAGCGUUGACUACUGAAGAUAUAUAUAUACAUAUACAAAUAUGUACAUAUAUAUGAAGGAGGCAAAAUAUUCAAUUCGAGAGACUGGUUUUCACUUUCUCAUCGAGAGAUUUUUUUUUGCAAGACCUGCUAUUUCUGUUAUAUUUAAUCAUUUUAUAUUUUGAUCAAGAAUAAUCAUAUUUUGAUGAUUAGUAAUUUUUAUUUUUUCGAUUAUAACCGUUGAUUUCAGAUUUUAAUUUUUUAAUGGAUCAUAAAAAACUUGUAUGAUCGACCGGUUUUAAUCAUUAUAAUCGAGAUAAUGGGUCGAUUAUCGAUAUCAAUAUUUAGAAGCGAAAAUUGAAGUGUGUUAAAUAUUUUACUUUUUAAUAAUUUGAACGAUAUUAACAUUUUGGAAUGCAGUUUGCUUUCACAGAAUUUGGAGAAAAUAACAAAACAAUAACUUGAAAUUUUAAUUCCCGUGUAGUACGUCCUUUUGGCGAAACAAAAGCGAACACUGAUUGCAAAUUUUCUCCUUUAGCAACUGAAGCGCCUCUUUUAAAACUACCGACACACCAAGUUUUCCUAAUUAAAGUCAUCGCUGACACUUCAUUCUACGAAAAAUCGAACGGGUGCGCAAGCUUUUAUGAGCGGAGGUAUUGAAGUUGAACGAAGUGGUUCAU